AUGGCUGCCUCCGUCACAGACCUCCCCAGCCGAGAUGAACUCGCAGCAAGAGCAGUCCCUUCAAUGGUCCUCAGUACUGGCUCGCCGUCGUCAAUGACAGCACCACCAAAGAACGACACAGCUCAAGAUCCUGCUUUAGGAGCGAAAGAGCGAUUUACAGUCCGAGGCAACUUUAUCGUCACGGGAGGCGCCGGUACCCUUGGUCUUGCAUCUUGCAAUGCUCUGCUAGAGCACGGGCUGGAAGGUCUCAUGAUUUUCGACGUCAACCCUUCACAAUCUCUGAGGGAGAUUGAUGCUCUUAGAAGCAGGUUCCCCGAUGCAAAGAUCCAGACAAGGCAGGUGGACGUCACAAACGAGGAGGCGGUGCAAGGAGCUGUAGAAGAAACAGUGGCAACUCUGGGCUCAGUGGGUGGCCUAAUUUGUUUUGUUGGGGUUGUCGGAUGCGUUCCAACACUAGAGAUGCCUGUAUCGCAGUGGCGCAGAAUUAUCGACAUCAACACCACUGGAUCUUUUAUCUGUGCGCAGGCUGUUGCUCGACAGAUGGUGAAGCAGGGUACUGGAGGCUCCAUCACUUUCACUUCUUCUAUUUCGGCACACCGAGUCAACUAUCCUCAGCCACAGGCAGCCUACAACGUAAGUAAAGCUGCAUUGUUGACCCUCAAGAACUGUCUUGCAGCUGAGUGGGCUCGCUACGGAAUUCGCACAAACACUAUCAGCCCUGGUUAUAUGGAUACUAUCCUGAAUGAGGGGGAUGGUAUUGCUGAGCACCGCCGAAUAUGGGCGGAACGUAACCCAAGUGGUCGAAUGGGAGUUCCGUCUGAGCUGACGGGUGCAGUUGUGCUACUGGCUAGCUCUGCAGGCACAUAUAUGAAUGGAACGGAUAUCGUGGUCGACGGCGGCGCAAUUGUAUUCUAA